AUGGCCUCCUCUCGUGUCUUUGCCUCUCGCCUGGCCACCUCCAUGGCCGCAACCACCAAGGUUGCCCGCCCUGCCGCUCGUCUGCAGCUGGCUCCCAAGCGCACCUUCACCACCCAGCGCAAGACCGUCGUCCCCAUGACCCCCUUCCAGACCGUCAAGCGUCAGCAGCCCAGCCUCAUCCAGGCCAACGCUCGCCAGGUCUUCGCCAACGUCCAGUCCCGCCGCGCGUACUCCUCUGAAAUCGCCGACGCCAUGGUCCAGGUCUCCCAGAACAUGGGUAUGGGCUCUGCCGCCAUCGGUCUCGGUGGUGCCGGUAUCGGUAUCGGUCUCGUCUUCGGUGCCCUCCUCCUCGGUGUCUCCCGCAACCCUGCUCUGCGUGGCCAGCUCUUCUCCUACGCCAUUCUGGGUUUCGCUUUCGUUGAGGCCAUCGGUCUGUUCGACCUGAUGGUUGCCAUGAUGUGCAAGUACGUUUAA